GCUCCCAGUUGAUCCCCUUACUCUACCCAAAGAAGAAGAGUGAGAGGCUUUGAAAGCAACCAUGGAAGGCAGUGUUGAACACAGGACAGAAACAAUUGGGGAAAGGAUGACACCCAGGCAGACUUCAGAAAGAAGAUGUGGAAAGCGAUUCUGCAGAGCCCUUUCCUAUAUCACAGGAGACAUGAAAGAGUUUGGAGACUGGCUUCGAGAUAAGCCAAUCCCAUUUCAGUUUGUCGACUGGGUCCUGCGAGGGACGGCCCAGGUGAUGUUCGUCAAUAACCCUCUCAGUGGGCUUAUCAUGAUUGCUGGGUUCCUUGUCCAGAAUCGUUGGUGGACGAUCACAGGCUGCCUGGGAACCGUUGUCUCAACGUUUACAGCACUGAUUCUGUGUCAGGACAGAUCGGCCAUAGCGGCAGGACUGCAUGGCUAUAACGGGGUCCUGGUGGGACUGCUCAUAGCAGUGUUCUCUGACAAGGGAAACUUCUAUUGGUGGCUUCUCCUGCCUGUUACUUUUGCAUCCAUGACCUGCCCAGUUCUUUCCAGUGCUUUAGGCUCAAUCUUCAGUAAAUGGGAUCUUCCUGUUUUCACCCUGCCUUUCAACAUGGCAUUGACUUUAUAUUCAGCUGCCACCGGACACUACAACCUCUUCUUCCCUACAGUCCUUAUUCAACCUGCAAAAACAGUGCCCAAUAUCACCUGGUCCCAAAUUGAUGUGCCAAAGCUAUUCCAAUCCAUUCCAGUUGGCGUCGGUCAAGUGUAUGGCUGUGAUAACCCCUGGACUGGUGGCAUCUUCCUGGUAGCUUUAUUCAUCUCUUCUCCACUCAUUUGCUUGCAUGCCACAAUUGGAUCUACAGUGGGGGUUCUGGCAGCCCUGAGCCUAGCAGCCCCUUUCAGCAGCAUCUAUGCUGGCUUGUGGAGUUACAACAGCUGCCUCGCCUGCAUCGCGAUCGGAGGCAUGUUCUAUGUUCUCACUUGGCAGACUCACCUGCUAGCAAUUGCCUGUGCAUUCUUUUGUGCCUACCUGGGAGCAACAGUGGCCAAUAUGUUUUCUGUGUUUGGAUUGCCGGCAUUUACCUGGCCCUUCUGCUUGUCUGCACUAACCUUUUUGUUAUUAACCACAAAAUGUUCCGCCAUCUCCAAGUUACCUCUCAGCAAAGUCUCUUACCCAGAAGCUAACUUACCUGCAAACUGCUGCACGGCCUGCCGACAUAGUGCUGGGGAGGAGCUAAUGGAACCCAUCCCAGAGGGGGACCAGCCACAGCCAAGGAAAGGUUGCCUCACCUCAGACCAACCUCCAGCCUCCAGCCUGCCAUGGCCAGAAGAGGGACGGCCAGAACCCAGCACCUCUUCCCCAGCCCGAGCCCAGCCAGAUCUGGGGCAGCCCAGUCCUGCAGUGCCUCUGCUGCAGCUGGAGCGGCCCAGCCCUGGAAUACCGCUGCUGCAGUCAGAGCAAUCCGACCCAGAAAUGGCCUGGCCACAGCCUGGCCACCCAGCCCAUGGAGUCUUCUCUCCGCAGCCCAGCCACGGAGUCCCUCUACUGUGGCCUGCAUGUAAGAGCCCCAGUCAUGGACCUGACAGCAGUGUGCCAACAGCAAGUAUAGAAUACGAUUCCAAUGGGGAUAAAAGUACAGUUAUCUAA